GUAGUAAUAUAUCCAAUAUUUUUGUCUCCAAGCUGUUCCUGGGAACAGCAGCAGCGCAAGUAAGAAUUCAUUGGGCCUCUCAAAUCUGGCUGCACUCCCCACCCCACCCCACCCCCCAAUUUCAAAUUUGAAUGCUCUAUUUAUCUAUCUAUAGAGAGACCCGACUCUUCCAGCUUCCUGUCUUGUCCUGUGUGUGCGCGCUCAUGGCGCGUCUUCUUCCCUUUGACUGCAUUGACUGCCUCGGCGUCUCCAAUUUCCCAAAACGCCAUUGACCCAUCCCUUCACUUGCCUUGCCUUAUUUAUAAGCACCGUUGGUUGAUGAUUGGUUGGUAUAUAUAAUCUCAGCCAAGAAUCUUCUCCCAUCCCAUUCAUGAGGAAAGCCUCGGAUUCGGAGAGCCACCCAGUUUCUGUUCAGGUGAGCUUUCAUGACGUUAAUACGAAUACAAGGAAUAGCAGCAUUGAUUUCUGCUCCAGUAGUGUUACUGGCUCUGACAUGAGUAGCAGUAAUACUAGUAAGUUGAGCGACGGGGCGAUCCUAGACAAGCACCAGCAAAUUGACGACAACGACAACGAUGAUGAUGAUGUUCAGAAUCAUCAUGAGGAGACUAGUCUCAGCUCCGUGGGGUGCUGCAAUGGCGGCCCAUAUUCGAAUCAAGUUAUUUUCAGAAGCGUGAAGCCGCAUAAAGGGAACGAUAAGCGGUGGGACGCAGUCCGACGAGUGCAGGCCAGAGAAGGGGAGCUGGGACUGCGCCAUUUUAGGCUGCUGAAGAAAUUAGGGUUUGGAGACAUCGGAAGCGUUCAUCUCGCGGAGCUGAGGACCACCGGCUGCCUUUUCGCCAUGAAAGUGAUGGAUCGAGCAAUGUUGGUUAGCAGAAAGAAAGUGGUGAGAGCUCAAACUGAGAAGGACAUCCUGUCUUCUCUAGAUCACCCCUUCCUCCCCACUCUCUAUUCCCACAUCCAAACCGACAAGUUCUCUUGCCUUCUCAUGGAGUUCUGCAGCGGCGGCGACCUCCAUUUGCUCCGCCAGCGUCAGCCCCACCGCCAUUUCUCCGAAGCAGCAGCCAGAUUCUACGCAUCAGAGGUGCUGCUGGCGUUGGAGUACCUACAUAUGAUGGGCGUGAUCUACCGGGAUUUGAAGCCGGAGAAUGUUAUGGUGAGGGAAGACGGCCAUAUCAUGCUCUCCGAUUUCGACCUAUCAUUAAGAUGCUUUGUGAAUCCGACUCUCGUCCCCUGCGGCAGCCAUGGCAUCAUUUCUUCAGCUUCCUAUUGCAUCCACCCGUCCUGCAAGUUGCCGCCGUCCUGCUUCCGACUUUUCAACUCCAGAACCAGAACCAGAGGCGAGAAACCUCCCGCCGGACUAGAUUCGCUUCCGGUCCUCGUGGCGGAGCCGACCGCGGCGCGAUCGAUGUCGUUUGUGGGGACGCACGAGUACUUAGCCCCCGAAAUUAUCAGAGGUGAAGGCCAUGGCAGCGCAGUCGACUGGUGGACGUUCGGCAUCUUCCUCUACGAAUUGCUUCACGGCAAGACGCCGUUUCGCGGCGCCGGCAACAGAGAGACGUUGUUCAACGUUGUCGGGCAGCCCCUGAAAUUCCCCGACGGAUCGGCGAUCAGCUUCGCGGCCAAGGAUUUGAUCAAAGGCUUGCUGGCAAAGGAUCCUCAAAAGAGAUUGGGGUUCAAAAGAGGAGCUACAGAAAUAAAACAGCAUCCCUUCUUCGAGAGCGUGAAUUGGGCUCUGAUCCGCAGCACGCCGCCGCCUCAAAUCCCUAACCCCGUCGAUCUUUUGCCUUCGUUGAAUCCAAAAAUGGCAGCUCCGGACAAUGCUACAAACGCCAAACAGUCGUCAGAUUCCUACUUGGAAUUCAAAUUCUUCUAACAAACUUUCCUCAAACUUGUAUGGAUUGUGUAUUAUCUGUUACACCAUUUUCUUUAAUUUUAUUUCAAUCGUUCUGCUACAGCUCACAGGUCAUCAUGAGUUUAGUUUUGGGUAAUACCUGAAUCUUGCUUGAAGAUCUAUCAAGAAGUAAGAAAUUUAUUGCCCGCUUGAGGAAUUCUGUUUUCUUCCCAAAAUCCGGGCAAAGUUCCUGUUUAUUGUUGCUCUAUAAUUAACCUGGUGAUUCCUGAAAAAGAAAAGAAGGAAAAAAAAACGAUAGAGACAAUGCAUUGUGGCAUCAAAUGGGAACUCGUGACUUAGCUUGUUCCAUGGCAUGCAAAUGCAAUGCACUAUGCUGCUUUAAUCCUCUGAGAUUCUGUUCUGUUAUGCUCAGUUCAGUUGCCUGAAUAAUUCCAGAGAUGCUCUUUACAGUGGGCAGUCCUUGCACAUAAAAAAUUUGCUUUCGAAAAUUGGGCCCACCUCUUUACACGUGCCAAAAUUAUAUCCUCCUUGUACAUUUCAGUUUCCUCUUGUAAUAAUUUCUGAAAGGUAAAAUCCAACAUCAAAUGGAUCCGUCGUCAUGUGGCAGUAAGCAUCCUCCUGCCAGAAUUGAAAACGUGAUUACCAGCCUAACCUAAGUUGUUGGGUUGGGCCCACUUAAUUUUGGGCAGCUUAACGAGAGGAGCCAAUGAUGAGAAAGAUCCCUUUGUCGAAGAGCUUCAAAGUCGUCUGCUAAUCUUAGCUUUGGAUGAUUACAGCAAGUGAAUUGAACCCAAGAAUCAUCUGUGAAUGUUAGAGAAUCUGAUGUGUGUGU